AUGUAAACAAGAGCUUUUAUUGAAAAUAAAGUAUUUAAUCCUGAUGAGCUUCUAUUUUCAAAAUCCUUAAAGCAUAGAAACCAAUGGUUUUGGGCAAAUAUCAGAGGUUCAGAUGAUAAUGGAUGGGCUGCUCUUGCUCUUUUAUAUGCUAUUGAUAUUGAUCCUGCUUUCAAGGAUAGUUAUCUCAACUUCACAGGGCAAUAUUAUGAACUAGGUAUAAGAUAAAUUAUAGAAAAGAUUAAUGAAGUUUAUAGAGAUAAAAACGGCAACAUCUUUUAGCUUGAAGAUAGAAAUCCUUAUUACUCAAUGAUUUCGACCACUCUAAAUAUCAUAUUAAACUAAAGAAUGUACUUGCUAACAAAUGAAGCCAAAUUUUUGAACUAAAGUUUAUUUGAUUAUAAGUUUAUCACAAGCAGACCUUAACUUUUGAAUGAUGAAGGAUUACUUAUUGAUGGCUUUAACUAAGAUUUAUCUUAUUUUGAUGAAACAGUAUACACUUAUAACUAAGGAGCUCUUAUUAUUGUAUAUGGCCACUUUUAUUAGAUUUAUAAAGACUUGAAAUACCUUAAACUUGGAAUAAGGCAUGCUAAGAAUAUGAUAACUUAUAGAUCUAACAAAAAUUUAAUUGUCAUUGAUGGUGAUAAAGAACGAUAAUAUUUUAUGGGAAUUUACUUCAGAUUUCUAAGUGAAUUUGCAGAAAUCGCCUAUCCAGUAUAUCCCUAGGAAAUACAAGGCAUUAGAGAUUAUAUUCUUAUUAAUGCAGAUUAUUUAUGGAAUCAUCUCAGAAGUGAAGAUAAUGGCUUCCCAGAUGAUUACAUAAAUCCUAAAAUCAAUAAUGCCUUAUCUUAAAAUAUGGGUAUUGAGUUGUUAACUGCUGCUUUGGCUGUUGUUGAUCUAACUUAUUGA